AUGAGCGACCAGGUACAGGAUGAGGAGGCCGGCAAUGAAAGCAUUGGCAAUGCCCUCGAGACCGGCACUGAAAGUUUUGGCAAUGCCCUGCAGGGAGAGGACGUUGAGUCCACGGCAAUGGUAAGAAUAUAUUUAUUUUAAUAUACGAAAUACUGUAUAAUUUUAAAAUUUUGAGAAUCUUUCUUUUUUUCAGAGUAAUGGCCAACGAUCUGUCUGGGAAAAUCAAGAUGAAGAUGAAAGCAAUGAAGAAGGGACAGAGGAGGAUGAGUCCGAUGAGGAGGAUGAAGAAGAAGAACAAAAUGGGACCGAAGAGGGUGAAAUCGUUCACGAAGAUCGUGAAAGUAAUGGCCAACCAUCUGUGUGGGAAAGCCAAGAAGAAGAUGAAAGCAAUGACGAAGGCGCAGAGGAGGAUGAGUUUUUACCCGGCCUAGUCUAA